AUGCUGGAGCGUAACUGCAGCGUCGGAAAAGGGAGGAGGAGCGGCGCGGAUCUGAACGAGUUCGCGUCCGUCGUCGACGAGCGCGUAGAGCGCAACGGCGGCAAGGAGCCCUUCCUCAUCGGCGUCGCGGGGGGCACCGCAUCCGGGAAGACCACCGUGUGCGACCUGAUCAUGCACAACCUGCAGGAGAAGCGCGUGGUGCUCAUCGCGCAGGACUCGUUCUAUCGAGGUCUGACGCAGGAGGAGCACGACAACGUCAGCAGCUACAACUUCGACCACCCCGACGCCAUCGACGUCGCCGCGCUGGUCGAGACGCUCAAGAAUCUCGCGCUUCGAAACAAGGUGGAGGUGCCCAUCUACGAUUUCGUCACGCACUCGAGAAAGGAGGACGAGUCCGUCACCGUGGAGCCCGCGGACGUCAUCAUCGUGGAGGGCAUCUUAGUGCUCGCCAUGCAGGAGGUACGGGAACUGUGCCACAUGAAAAUAUUCGUCGACACCGACGACGACCUGAGACUCGCCAGGCGAUUGAAGAGGGACACCGUGGACAGGGGCAGGAGCGUCGACGGCGUCAUCACCCAGUACACCACGUUCGUGAAGCCGAUGUUCGACACGUUCGUGUCACCGAGCAAGAGGCACGCGGACGUGAUCAUUCCGUGGGCGCAGGGCGAGAACAACGUCGCCAUCGACCUCAUCGUGCAGCACAUUCGCACGAAGCUCGGUCAGAACGACCUGCGAAGGAUCUACCCGAACCUCAUCGUGCUCCCGCCCAACUUUCAGAUUCGAGGCAUGCACACGAUCAUACGCAGCGCGUCGUGCAACCGAAGCGACUUCGUGUUCUACUCCGACAGGCUCAUCCGGCUGGUCGUGGAGCACGCGCUCGGGCACCUGCCGUUCAGGAACGAGAUCGUGACGACGCCGAACGGCGAUCGAUACAACGGGGUGACGUUCAGCAAGAAGAUCUGCGGCGUCGCGCUCAUCCGCAGCGGGGAGGCGAUGGAAAACGCGCUCAGAGCGUGCUGCAAGGGGAUCAAGAUUGGCAAAAUUCUCGUCGCCAGGAGGGAUAACGACGGCUUGCCGAGCGCGCUCUCCGGGCAUCGUCUGAGCAGCGCGGUCGUUUACGAGAAGCUGCCCGCCGACAUCUCCGAUCGAUACGUCCUCCUACUCGAUCCCAUACUCGCCACGGGCGUGUCCUCGAUGGCUGCGAUUGAUAGACUCAUCAAGGCUGGCGUCAGGCAGGAUAGGAUCAUGUUCGUCACCAUCAUCGCGGCUUCCCAGGGGAUCCACUCGCUCUGCAUGCGAUACCCGCAGAUGAAGAUCAUCACGAGCGAGGUUGACGCCGGUCUGAACGAUCAGAACAGGGUCGUGCCGGGCGUGGGAGAGUUUGGCGAUCGAUACUUCGGAACGGAGGACAUGAAGGCGUACUACGACGGGGACAUAGACGAGGAGCUGCACUUCGAGUGA